AUGACCUCCUGGAGCAGGAACCAGAUCGCCCCGGUCUCCAACCUCGCCCAGCGCAAGGUCUACCUGCAGGUGGGCACGGCCGACACAACCGUCGGCCCCAACGUGAUGGCACAGCUGCAGGAACAACUGGCCGGCUUCGUCGACGCCAGCAACAUGACCUACAUCAUCACUAAGGGUGCCGCACACACCUUCCCCACGGACUUCGACGGCGACGGCGAGAAUCCGUGCGGCACGGCCAGCUCGCCAUACAUCAGCAACCGCGGAUACGACGGGGCAGGCGCGGCGCGCAACGAUGGGGCGCUAUCCGGGUCGGCGCUGGCGUUCGAGCAGACGGGGUCGUACGGCGCCGCUGGGAUGGAUGGCACGGGGUAUGUGGAUGUUCCUCUUGCGUGCCAGGCCGGGACGAAGUGCACGCUGCAUGUUGCGCUGCAUGGGGUGUCAGCUGGCCCGAGGCAAGAUUGGGGACAAGUUUGUGCGGAAUACCGGGUAUUUGCGGUGGGCGGAUGCGAACGAGAUGAUCGUCCUGUUUCCGCAGGCUAUGGUGGAUACCAGGAUAAUACUCUGCAUUUCAUCUAG